AUGAACACGUCCCACACAAACGCCACUCAGUCCGCUCCAUCGGUGACCAUCUCCACGCCUACGGGGAACAAGUGGCAGGUCCCCUCGGGCAUCUUCAUCAACAACGCCUUCCAUGCCUCUGCCACCGGCAAGACGUUCGACUCGAUCAACCCGGCCACUGGCGAAAAGCUAUGCACUCUGGCCCUCGGCGGGUCGGCUGAUGUCGAGUCGGCAGUCAGCGCAGCUCGCGCCGCCUACAACACGGUCUGGGGCAAGCGCUCGACUCCAACACAACGAUCGCGCCUCCUCCUCGCCUUCGCCGAUCUGAUCGACAAGCAUCUAGACGAGCUGGCCGAGCUCGAGAGCAUGGACAACGGCAAGCCCGUGUGGAUGGCGAGCAGCUUCGACGUGCCCGAUUCGGCCGGUUGUCUGCGCUAUUACGGUGGUCUCGCCGACAAGAUCGAGGGCAAGACGAUCGAGCAGACCGAGGGAGAGAAGAUCGCCUAUACACGCAUUGAGCCGCUGGGCAUCUGCGGUCAGAUUAUCCCGUGGAACUACCCGAUUCAGAUGGCUGCGUGGAAGCUGGGGCCUGCGUUGGCGGCGGGCAACUGCGUCAUCUUGAAGCCAGCAGAGCAGACGCCGCUGACAGCGCUCAAGCUCGCUCAGCUUUCGGUCGAAGCAGGCUUCCCUCCUGGUGUCAUCUCUGUUGUCAACGGAUACGGCGCUGAGGUGGGAGAGGCCAUCUCGAGGCAUAUGGACAUUCAAAAGGUCGCCUUCACCGGGUCCACUCUCACAGGCAAGCGUAUUAUGAAGGCGGCGGCCGAGAGCAACAUGAAGAAGGUCACCCUCGAGCUGGGCGGCAAGUCGCCCGUGGUGGUGUUCGAGAGUGCCGAUAUCGAGCAGGCCGUUCGCUGGGUCUGCCUCGGGAUCCUCUUCAACCAGGGCCAAGACUGCACCGCUGGAUCUCGCCUCUUUGUGCAGGACAAGAUCUACGACGAGUUCAUGCAGCAGCUCGUCGCGGCGUUCAAGGCACACAAGGUGGGUGAUCCAUUCCACGAGCUCACCUUCCAAGGCCCGCAGGUGAGCCAGCAACAGCGUGACAAGAUUCUCGACAUGAUCGAGUCGGGCAAGCGUCAAGGCGCCAAGGUUGAGGUUGGCGGUCAGGCAUGGAAGAGUCCCGACGCUAAAUUCAGCAAAGGCUUCUUCGUCGAGCCAACCAUCUUUUCUGGCUGCCGCAAGGGCAUGAGGAUCGUCGACGAGGAGAUCUUCGGCCCCGUGCUGGCAGUGGCGAAAUUCAGCACAGAGGAGGAGGCGAUCAGGUUGGCCAACGAGACCGAGUACGGUCUGGGCGCCGGCGUCUUUUCAGAGAACGCGAGCCAGAUCCAGCGAAUGGUGUCGGCCAUCGACGCGGGCACUGUAUGGGUCAACAAUUAUGUGGCGCUCAGCAACUCGGUGCCCUUCGGCGGAAUGAAGGCGAGUGGGUUCGGACGCGAGCUGGGUGUCGAUGCCAUCAAGGCGUAUUGCGAUGUCAAGGCGAUUCACUGGAACUAUGGCGAGAAGCUUGACUGGCCGCUGCCAAAGCUUUGA